AUGGCACUGAUCUUGUUGAACAGAAAGACUGAACUGCAAGCCGAGCUGGAUCAGUUGAAGAAACAAGUCGGUAAUGGCAUGUCUGACCAGAAGAACCAGUUCCCAUCCGUAAACAAUCCAGCUACUCCGAGGAAUCUUCUAGGUCUGCAGGCCGCGCCAACGUUGACAGGAGCAUAUGCGACGCCCCAGCUCGCGGGUUUCAGCCCUCGUUCGCUGGACGCUUCGACAAAUCCUUCGGCUCAUCCAGUGCCCGAUUCAAGCCAUGGAAAUAUUCUACACAACAACAGUCAACCCUCGACCACGCGCCCGCAAACUAUUCAAGAUGUUGUUGUCGAUGCGCAAGACAUUGACGGAUGCUUCGAGCUGUUUUUUGAAAGGAACCUGCCCUACCUCCCAAUUUUCGAUCAGAAACUGAAUCCGAAUGACUGUCACGGGGCAUCCCCCUUUCUAUUUUGGACCAUAGUCGCUAUUGGCUCACGAAGGUACUCGAAGGAUCCUACCUUGAUCCUUCUUCUUGCUCCUAAGGUUUUGGAGCUGGCAAAAACCGCAAUCUUCUCGUGUGACAGAGUUUUGCCAACGAUUCAAGCUCUCGUACUUCUCUGCACCUGGCAGAUGCCAAUCGACACGUUACAGAAAGACGUAACCCCACAACUAGCGGGAGCAAUGAUACAGCUCGCCACAAACGUCGGCCUUCAUGUAUAUGGUUCUGUUCAGGACUUUACACGAGUGCCGCUCAAAUAUGACGGUCAACAAAGAAGGUUCAGAACCAGAUUGUGGUCGAUGUGUUUAUAUACCUCUCAAAGAGUCAACAACUCACGAGGUCUUCCACCCCUAAUAUUCACGGACGCUUAUAGCCACGAGGGCUACAGAGAAGAUCCAUUAGCUACAUUGCCUCCCACGAUACGGUUCCAAAGGAGAUUGAAUCAUAUGCUAAGCGAGGCCAUCGUCCAAAUCGACCGGGAUGCUUUGUCCAAAAAACCAGAUGAACGUAACACGAUCCUCGGGCCUACAAUCAAUGCUUGCCUCUCAAGGCUAGCUACUUUGAGCGCAGAGUGUCCUACCAAACAGGAUCAGCUCACACUCCGAAUUGCCGAGUUGCAAGUCUCGGCCUGCCACUUAUUGGCUCCGUCGUCAACAAUUGGGCAAACCAGCCUCGUCAAAAUGUACGACGAUGCGUGUGCCAUGAUCGAGCUGGCUUCAGAGUUGGAUCAGGAGCAAGGAAUGGCAGAGUAUGGCUCAACAAGCGUCAACAUGAACUGGAAUCUCGCGGCUUUCAUAAUCCUUCGCGUUGGGAAAUCACGCGCUUUCGAGGUGCUGGACCUGAAGCGUGGACAAAGGUGUUAUUUCUCUGCCAUCAAUCUGAACAAGAGACAAAGUGUUAGGUCGGACGACAUAUCGUCCAGAGCGACGAUGAUCUUGUCACAACUGUGGACUAGUAGGGUGGUGAUCAAACAACCCGAUGGCACCCCUGACAGCCUUUGGCUCCGUUGUCGAAACAGGCUUGGAGUUAGCUUGACGUUCGAUUGUUUCUGGUUGUGGCGACAAGAAUUUGGGGGUCAGCCAAAUCCAUACGAGGGAGUCGAAGAUGAAAAAGCACCUUCCGCCGUGAAACCUGUUCCCUGGACCUCCCCCAGCACAGACUCUGUUAACAUGAUGAUGGGAAUCGGGUGGUCUCCAGACACUGUGUUCCAAGACUUUCAAUGGCCGAUCUUCGACGAAUUCUUGGACGACGGACCUUUUGCCGCCUUUAGGGAAACAGGUUUGGAUUACUUCUACUUGAACCGAACCGGCAAUGAAGUCCAGCAAAAAGUUAUCAUCGAGCAGUUGAAGCCCGCGACCAAGUUUGACCUGGCGAUGAGCAUUCAUCUGCGGGACUCUUAUGGGGGAUUUGUCAGUCUCAUUAUUCCAUUUCUCCCUGCAUUCGAGACGGACGCUCCCUGGUUCCAUAUGCCGGCCACUUGUCAUGCGGAGUGUUAUCUGAGGGAUGCACCACUCGUCCACUGA